GUUUAUAAGCAAGCCCUUGUAUUUAUUUUAAUUUUAUGUGAACGCAAUAAACAAAUGAAAUUCAAUCUAUUAGUGGUCUCUGUUAAGUUGCUCUCCGAAUCUAACCUUAUCGAUCAAAAUGCAAUAAAGAUUAGGUUUAUGUUCAAGCUCCAUUUGAUCUAUCACCGCUAACAUUAAUUGACUUUCUUUAUAUCAAACACAAGUCGAUAAUGGUUACAUUCGUGUUAUCUUUUAGGAACACUCUUUAAGCUGAUAUCAAAAGUCUUUAUUAUCAAUCAGAUAAUACAAGAUCAAAGAUUAAGAAAGAAGUACCUUUGCCUUAUAAUGACUUAAGAAUAUAAUAUUUACUCUUUUGGUAAUCAUAUUGUAUUUUUGAAUCAUUUAAACAUCAUUUAAACAGCUGUUUUUAUUAAAAAUGAACAACUUUUAUGCUAGUACAGCGCCACCUGUUGCUCGGGGCCUGAAGCCGAAAGAGCUAUAAAUAUAAUAUGGGCUUGAAAUUUUAUAUGUUUACUUUCGGGUUUUUAUGGCCAGCAAACAGAAAGCUGCCCGAAAUAUUAAAUAAAAGCGAGCAGAGUAAAUGUAUAAUUUCGUUGAUAUGGUUAUCGUGCUCGACAUUAUUUUAAUUGUGGCUAAAAAGUCGUACCGCCCGGAUCGCUUAUUUCAUUAGUGUUAAAACGGCUGAAGAGAUGGUCGAUCAGCGCGUACUCGAACCGCGACCAGCAAAGACAACGACCAUUAUCUUAAGGGGACUUUUCUUAGUCCUCAUCUUUGGAGCAACUUCCUCGGUGGCCCAGUUAUUUUCAGUGGAUAGCAGUGGCCUGGGCAUUUCCCUAAUGCAAUCAGUGGCCAUUGCCUUGAAUGCAUCCAGUCUCGCCUUGGCCAAUAACACAGCCUGGCCAUUGCAGUACGAACCAACGGAGGAGAUCGAAAGCUAUGACUAUAUAGUCGUAGGAGCAGGAAGUGCUGGCUCUAUAGUGGCCAGUCGUUUGAGUGAACUAUGUCAGGUGAAGGUUCUCCUGCUGGAGGAGGGACAAAUACCACCACUGGAAAGCGAAAUCUUUAGCCUAAGCGGUGCCCUGCAUCAUGAUGAGAGAUAUAUGUACUUGGAGGAGGCUGUGCCCAAUCCGAAAUGCUGCCAGGCGAUGGCAUCAACACAUGGCUGCGUCUGGUGGCAUGGCCGCAUGAUGGGUGGCGGUGGGGCCAUCAAUGGCAAUAUCUACAUACCAGGCAGUCGGGAGAACUUCAGGCAUUGGAAUACAACUGGCUGGGAUUGGACGCAGGUCCAGAAGUCCUACACUCGCUUGCAGCGUCGCCUGAAUCUCUCCUAUCUUCAAGCGAACGGUAUAAACCUAAAGUUGGCUAACCUUAUAUAUUCUGGUUCCUCGGAACUGGGUGUUCCCCGGAUGAAACAACCCUUAAUAGCUGGUUCUACUUUUGGUUACACCCAUCAUGUUCCAGUGACUAUCAAUCAAGGACGAAGAGCCAGCAGUGGUCGUUUGUAUUUGGCCAAUGACCAAGUGAAUAGACGACCGAAUCUAAAGGUGAUACGAGGAGCUCAAGUUCAGAAGGUACUACUGAAUCCAGAGGGAAACCAAGCCACUGGAGUGAUUUAUACCUUAAACGGGAAGGAGUAUACAGCGCAGACCUCUGGGGAAGUUAUCCUGAGUGCAGGAACCUUAAACUCCGCCAAGUUACUUUUACUUUCGGGCAUUGGUCCGAAGGAAGACCUACAAAGCUGGGACAUACCCGUUUAUCAGGAUCUGCCCGUAGGUCGAAAUCUUCAAGAUCAUGGCAUGAUGCCAUUGUUUCUGACCUUCAAAUCCAACUGUGCUGUUAACAGCACACGAGAUCCCACAGAUGAUCCCUAUGCUCCUGUAUCCGUAACCCAAUAUCUUCUGGAGAAUCAGAAAGGUCCCCUGGCCAGUGGUUUCUAUAUGAUGGGCUACAUCAAUUCCAGUUCACCCAGCUCGAGCCAAGGUGAACCCGAUCUCCAUGUGGUGGCCCAUACACUUUUGCCCAAAGGCAGUACCGGUAGCUUUGGCUAUUUGGGUUUUAGUCCUGACUUAAUCCAGGCCCAGCAAGAUGUCUUGGCUAAAUGGGAUGUCCUGCAGAUCAUGGGUUCCCUACUGAGACCUCUAUCCCGCGGAAAGGUGACUCUACUUAGCAAGAACUCCACAGAUCAAGCUAAAAUCGAGAACCACUAUGGCGAAGCUGUAGAGGAUCAACAGACUCUUCUCCGCUAUGUGAGAUAUGUCCAAAAGUUAACCAAAACCCGCUCUUUUCGGCGAUGUGGCCUACAACUUUGGUUACCGCCCCUCGCUGAAUGCGAUAUCUUAACCCCUGAUUCCGAUGAUUACUGGCUGUGCUAUAUUCGUUACUUCUAUGUGGGUGCCUGGCAUUCGGUGGGCACUUGCCGCAUGGCUUCUAGGCAGGAUGAUGGCGUUGUGGAUGAAAGGUUAAGGGUUCAUGGUGUCAAGGGUCUACGCGUGGUGGAUGCCAGCAUUAUGCCGGAGUUACCAGCGGGUAAUACGAAUGGACCAGCCAUGAUGAUUGGGGAGAAAGGUUCGCAAAUGAUUCUGGAGGAUCGUGAGGGGGUUAAUGAAGUGGUAAAGGAGUGCUAAGUUGUUUUUGAUUUAAUAAAAUGAUUUUUUUUGGUGUUUAAUUAUGGGAGAAAGUAAA